AUGGCUGAUGAACAAAUGAUGGGGGCUGAGGCUGAAGAUGUUCAGUUUAUGCGAACAGAAGAUCAUAUAUGCCUUAGUUGUGUGCCUGUUUCAAGUCUUAAACGUAUGGCACUAUCAGGUGAAGCAUUCGGAAAUCGAAUGUGUUAUCUUGAGGACAUAUCAAAUGAAGUUUGCUGUCCUGAUCUCGCAUCAUGUGUAUUUGUACUUGAACAAACUGUAUCAGUACGAGCUUUACAAGAAAUGGUUAAUACAACAUCAGCCGAACAGUUAUCAACAAAUCAAGGUGGACAAACAUUUCGAACAUUACUAUAUGGCCACGCAGUUCUUCUUCGACAUUAUCGAAGUCAAAUGUAUUUAAGCUGUUUAUCGACAAGUACCUCUAAUGAUAAAUUGGCUUUUGAUGUCGGUUUGAAAGAAGAUGCAGUAGGUGAAUCAUGCUGGUGGACAAUUCAUCCAGCAUCAAAACAACGAAGUGAAGGCGAAAAAGUUCGAUUUAAUGAUGAUGUUAUAUUAGUUUCAGUUUUUUCUGAACGUUAUCUUCAUGCAUAUAUGUCAAUAAAUGAACGUGGACGAGUCAAUGCAUCAUUUCGUCAACAAGUCUGGAACCUUGUACCAAUAUCCAGUGGUAUAGCACGAGUAAAAAAUCCAGGAUUUGUCCUUGGUGGUGAUGUUUUACGAUUAAUGCAUGGCAAUAUGGAUCAUUGUAUAACAACACCACCAUCAGAUCCUUCAGUGAGCGAUGAUUCUGGAAGUUUAUUUAUCAAAGGUGGUGCUGCUUGUUAUCAAGCUCGAUCAUUAUGGCGUAUUGAAUAUUUUAAAACAAAAUGGUACAGUGGUUUUGUCGGGUGGAAUUCCUUGAUUCGUCUGCGACAUGUAACAUCUGGUCUUUAUUUAGCAGUGAUUGGUGAUGAGAAUGGACCAAAUGUAACUUGUAUAUCAAAGAAGAAUGCAAAUCCUAUUGCAAUUACAUUUGAAAUGAAAUUAUCAAAAGAAAAACAAAUCGAAGGAAAUCAAGAAGAAGAAGAAGAUAAUUUAGGUGUACCGACAAUAAAAUAUGGUGAAACAAUUGUUUUUAUACGUCAUGUUGAUUCUGAUCUAUGGAUUAGUUAUGAAACACUUGAAUUAACUAUAAAAGGAAUUGGAAAAGUUGAAGAAAAACGAAUUAUUCCAGCUGUUGAAGGUCAUAUGGAUGAUUGUUUUCGACUUGUACGCGCACAAGAACAAGAACAAAAAACUGCAUUAGUUAUUCGAAUAUGUAAUGCUAUUCUUGGACGAUUCAAUCGAACUGAUUCUAUGUCAAUUGAUUCCGAAACAAUAAAUCAUUUAUUAAGUAAAAGUGAUGUUAUUCAAGCACUUUUAUAUGAUUUAAUUGGAUUUUUUUCUCAACCAUCAUCAUCACUUGAUCACGAAGAAAAACAAAUACGUCUUAAACUAUUAAAAAAUCGACAAGAUCUAUUUCAAGAAGAAGGCAUGAUUCGAAUAUUAAUUUCAUCGAUAAAUUUUUUUAGUGAACGUAGAGAUAAAUCUACACUUUUAGAAGGCGUUGAAGAAAAAAUUGAAGAUAUUACAAAUAAACUUUAUGUAGUUUUAGCUGCAUUAAUUAAAGGUAAUCGAGCUAAUUGCUCAAAUUUUGCACAAAAUGCUCGUCUUAAUUGGCUUGUUAAUCGUUUACAAUCUCAACAAGCAUCAAGUGGAGUAUUAGAAGUACUUCAUAGUGUCCUUGUUGAUAGUCCCGAAGUUUUAAAUAUGAUUACGGAAUCACAUAUACUUGCGAUUAUUGGAUUACUUGAUAGAAAUGGUCGUGAUCCAAAAGUACUCGAUGUUCUCUGUUCUCUUUGUGUUAAUAAUGGUGUCGCUGUUCGUGCUAAUCAAAAUCUUAUUUGUGAAAAUAUUUUACAACGAUCUGAUCUUCUUUUACAAACGGCAUUAGUUGAUCAUGUCACUUGUAUGCGUCCAAAUAUUGUCGUAGGUGUUGAAGAUGGUGAAUCAAUGUAUAGAAAAUGGUAUUUUGAAGUUAUUAUCGAUUAUAUAGAACAAGUAACUCAUGUUCAACCACAUAUUCGUAUUGGUUGGGCAACAACACAUUUUCAACCAUCGCCUGGUCAUGGGGAUGGUUUUUCGUCGAAUGGUGUUGGUGAUAAUACCUAUUCAUAUGGUUUUGAUGGUCAAAAUAUUUGGUUUGCCGGAAGACCAUUUAAUGUAUCAAAUGAUAAUACAAAACAAAUUGGUUUAAAGAAAAAUGAUAUUAUUGGAUGUUUAUUAGAUUUAAAUACACCAGAAAUGUGGUUUUCAUUAAAUGGUGUACCUGUUAAAGGUCUUUUACGUGGAUUUGAUUUAACUGGAAUGUUUUAUCCAGCUAUAUCAUUAUCAUCUCGUGUUAGUUGUCGAUUUUUGUUAGGUGGUAAACAUGGUCGUUUUAUGUAUCGACCACCGGAACAUGCUGCACCAUUUUAUGAAGCUAUGUUAUUAAAACAACGAGUUUGUAUUGAACCAUGUUUUUCAUUUGGUAAUAUAGAACGAAAUCGUCUUGAUGGUCCAACACAGAUUCAACAUAAUAUUGCAUUUACACCACAACCAAUACGAACAAGUCAUAUUAAUUUACCUUUACAACUUCAAAAAAUCUGUGACCAAUUAGCUGAAAAUAUUCAUGAGUUAUGGGCUAUGAGUAAAAUUGCUAAUGGGUGGAAAUUUGGUGAACAACGAGAUGAUGUAGGAAAAAAACAUCCAUCUGUAACAUAUUUUGAAGAACUUCCACUAAAUGAAAAACAACAUGAUCUAACAACUGCAACAGAAAAUUUAAAGAGUCUAUUAGCAUUUGGUUAUCAUAUUAGUUAUGAUGAUAAAAUUGAUGAUCGACGUAUGAAAUAUAUUAAAUUACCAAAUACAUAUACACAAUCAAAUGGUUAUAAACCUCAACCAUUAGAUUUAUCACAUAUUGGUUUAUCUACAAAAAUGGAUACAUUAGUGGAAAUAUUAGCAGAAAAUACACAUAAUGUUUGGGCACAAGCAAGAAUUAAAGAUGGUUUUACUUAUGGUGUAUCUGAUAAUCCUCGACAAAAACGAAGUCCUUAUUUAUUACCAUAUUCAAUUAUUGAUGAUAGUAUUAGAAAAAUAAAUCGAGAUACAGCAAGUGAAACUGUUAAAACGCUUCUUGCUUAUGGUUAUAUAAUUGAAACACCAACAAGUGAUGUUGAAGAUUAUAAUCGACGAAAUAAAAAUGUUAUAACACAUGAACGUAUGUCAACUUAUCGAACAUAUCGUGCCGAGCAAACAUUUGCUGUAGCACGUGGUAAAUGGUAUUAUGAAGUUGAAAUAUUAACACCAGGUCGUAUGUUAAUUGGAUGGGGACAUGCAUCUCAACUAGAUGCAUUUUAUCCACUUGGUACUGAUUCAUAUGGAUAUGCAUUUGAUGGUUUAAAUGCACGACGUGUUAAUCAUAAUGUCUCUGAUGGUUUUGGUAAAUCAUGGUCAAAAAAUGAUGUUGUCGGGUGUAUGAUUGAUUUACAUGAUAAAACAGUUAGUUUUUCAUUAAAUGGUGAAUUAAUGUUAGAUAAUUAUGGUAAUGAAAUAGCAUUUGAUCAACUUGAUAUUGAUGAUAUUGGUUAUGUACCUGCAUUAACAUCAUUUAGUGGACAAAAAGCUCGAUUAAAUUUUGGACAAGAUGUUAAUACAUUAAAAUAUUUUACAUCAUGUGGUUUACAAGAAGGAUAUGAACCAUUUUGUGUAAAUAUGUCAAGAAAUUUAACAUUUUGGUAUUCAAAUUUUAUUCCUAAUUUUCAACCAAUAAAAUCUGAUUCAUCAUCUUUUAAUAUUAUUCGAAUUGGUGCAAGUCGUGAUAAUCCACCAUUAAUAAAACUUGAAUCUCGAUUAUUUGGAACAUUAGAAAAAGUUGAAUUUGAAUUUCUUCGAUUAUCACUACCGAUAACUUGUCAUGAUAAAUUUGUUCCAAAACAUAUUACACUCGAACGACGUCAGAUAGCAUUAAAUGAACAUCUUGAAAGUCAAAGUGAAAAAAAUAAUUUCUUAUUUCCAUCAAAAUCUGCUUCACCAGCACCAUUAAUUCUCAAUGAACAAAUGGGAUCUCCAAUAAUAAAUAAAUCAACACGUGAUCCAACAAAUUUACUUGUUAAAUUUCGUGAUCAAUCAUCAACAAAAAAAAGUCCAUCACCUUUACUUGGUGAAAAUAAAUCCAAUAGAAGAUUAUCAGCUAGUAAAUUAAAUAAUAUUUUUCAAUAUUUUUUAAAAGAACAACAACAACCCAUAAAAAAACGUAUGAUAAAAUCAAAUAUCAAUGGAAUGAAUUCACCAAAUUUAAGUCAACCACGACAAUCACAAACUUUAUUAAAAUCUCCAAGAAAAUCAGUAUAUAAUAUAAAUACAAGAAAAUCAGUUAUUGAAGUUGAAGGUGAGUAUAACGAUCAACAAGCAAAUGAUUAUGAAACUGAUGAUAUACGUAUUAUUAAUGAAUAUGUUCAUGAAUAUUAUUUUGGAAUAAGAAUAUUACCUGGACAAAAUCCACGUUCAGUAUUUGUUGGAUGGACAACAUCAAGAUUUAAACCUAUUCAUAGACAAAAUGAUACAUCAGUUAAUAAAUUAUCGAAAUUUAUUCGGCGUUGUACAUUAACACGAAUAGGACAUGAUGGAUUAAUAAUUGAAAGUAUUCAAAGACAAGAUGCGUAUAUGUUUUGUGCAAAUGAUUUAUUAGAUAAUAUGACAGAUAAAGAAAAUGUUGCAAGACGUGGUGCUAAUGGAUUAUUAAUUGGAUGUGUAUGUGAUGUCUCGACUGGACAAUUAAGUUUUUAUGUUAAUGGAAAAGAAUCAACUCAAAAACUUCAAGUUGAACCAAAUACGAAACUCUAUCCAGCUGUAUUUGUUGAACCAACAGUUAAAGAAGUAUUACAAUUUGAAUUAGGACGUAUCAAAAAUUGUUUACCAUUAGCAGCUGGUCUAUUUCCAAGUUUAAAUCGUGAAGAACGUUAUAUUCCUCAAUUACCAUCUCGUUUACAUUUGCAAUCUCUUGUUCAUUGUCAUUGGUCACGUGUAUCAAAUACGAAUGUUCGUUGUCAACAAUUGAAAUUAUCUGAUAUUCGUGGAUGGAGUGUAUUUGUUGAAGAUCCUGUUCAAAUGGAAGCAGUUUAUAUUCCUGAAGAAGAUCGAUGUACAGAUAUCUUAAGUUUAGUAGAAGAUGAAGAGAAUUUAAAUUUUUGUUCAAAUACAUUAAGACUUUAUAAUGCUAUAUGUGCUCAAGGUAAUAAUCGUGUUUCACAUGAAAUAUGUAAACUUGUUGAUGAAAAACAAUUAAUGUAUUGUGUAAAAAAUACUUAUUUAUGUGGACUAAUUCGAAUUGGUAUUCAUAAUUUACUUAUUGCUUUACAUUUUGAACCACAUAUCAAAGCAAGAAGUUUAACUUCAACAGAAUUUAUUAUUCCAUUAUCAAAUUCACUUCGAAAAAAUAUUUUAUUACGUUCACAUAAUUCAAUGGAACAAAAACAGAGACUUGCAACAACAACAUAUAUACCAGCUAUGGGACAGUUUUUAACUGUACGACCCAAACUGAUCAAAGAAGAAGAUUUUAAACUUGAUCGUGAACGAAAAUUACUGGUUCCACCUCCAUUUAAUGUCAUCAAUCUCAAAGAAUAUAUUAUGAAUUCAUUAACAGAUGCUGUUGAAAAAAGUUCUCGUACACUUCGGGAUCCUGCUGGUGGAACAUAUGCAAAUUGGCUUGUACCAAUACUUCAAUUAGUUGAUGCUCUUCUUGUUAUGGGUUCACUUGAAGUCGAUGAUAUUCAACUAUUAUUAUAUUUAAUUGAUCCAGUAACAUUUAGUUUAAAAAUUGAUAAACAUUUUCAUGAAGGUUUACUUCAAAUGAAAUUAGAUGAGCCAGUUAAACUUCAAAUAUGUUAUAUUUUACAACAUUUAUGUCGAUAUCAAUUACAAUAUCGUAUUGAAGGUAUAAUUGCAUUUUCAGAAGAAUUUGUUGCAAGAUUACAAAGUGAUCAAAAACGACGAUAUCGAUUUUUGAAAGAAUCAAAUUUACCACCAGCAUUGAUGGCAAAGAAAACUCGAGAAUUUCGUUGUCCACCUAAAGAUCAAAUGCAUGCAUUAAUGAAUUUUAAAACUGAAGCAAAUGAUUCAAUUAUUAGUAGUGAUGCUAUACAAGAAGAAAUAAAAGACAUGUUGAAAAAUUUUCAUUCAAAUUUACUUAUUUUACAACAAGCUAUUGAGAUAAAUGAUAUAUUUGAUCAAAAAUCUCAUAUAAAUCAAAUGAAUCCAAUUGAACAAAUUUCAUUAUUUUCACGUUUAUUAGAAACUAUUAUACGAUAUACUUUAAAAAAGAAACACGAAGAAAACGAAAUACCUGAUAAACAUAUUGUAGAUAAAUCAGAAAAAAAUUUAUCGGAAGUAAUUAAAUCAACAAUUAUUAGAUGGAGUCGAGCAACACAUAUUAGUGAUCCAGAUCUAAUUCGAGAAAUGUUCAAACUAAUUUACAAUCAAUAUGAUGGACUUGGAGAAAUUUCUCGAUGUCUCGAACGAACUUAUAUAAUAAAUGAAAAAUCAAUUCCUGAUGUAUCCAUAUUAUUACGUAAAUUCAGUAUUGUACGUGCUCUUUUAACUGUGCAAAUGGAUGCAGAUGAAGAGGAAAUAAUGAUAUCAUGUUUAAAUGAUAUUAUGGAUAAUCGUGUAUUUUAUCAACAUCCUGAUUUAAUGCGUACACUUUGUGUACAUGAAACAGUAAUGGCUAUAAUGGUUAAUCGUUUAAAUAAAAGUAAACAAGAACAAACAUCAAUGUCAUCAGCAAAUGAUGUGGAAGGUCUUGCACAAUCAAAUGAAAAUGGUGAAAUUCAAGAAAAUCAUCCUCCUAAAGAAGAUAAAGUACUACUUGUAACAACAUGUUGUAAAUUUUUAUCUUAUUUUUGUCGUACAUCACGUCUUAAUCAACGUGCUAUGUUUGAACAUUUAAGUUAUCUAUUAGAAAAUAGUUCAAUGUUACUCUCUCGUCCAUCACUUCGUGGUUCAGCACCAUUAGAUGUAGCUAGUGCUAGUGUAAUGGAUAAUAAUGAAUUAGCAUUGGCAUUACGUGAAUCACAUUUAGAAAAAAUUGCAUCAUAUUUAUCACGUUGUGGUACAACAAGAAACGAAGAAUUAUUUCUUCAAGGUUAUCAUGAUAUUGGCUGGGAUCCAGUCGAUGGUGAAAGAUUUCUUGAUUUUCUUAAAUUUUGUGUUUGGGUUAAUGGCGAUACAGUCGAAGAAAAUGCAGAUUUAGUUGUACGUCUGCUUAUUCGUCGUCCCGAUUGUUUAGGUCCAGCAUUGAGAGGUGAAGGUGGAGGUUUACUUCGUGCUAUACGAGAAGGUAUUGCACAAUCACUUUAUAUUGCUCGACGACAAAAUCCUGAUGAUCCUAUUAUACAAGCUGCAUAUCAAGAAAUAAUUGAUGAUGAAACUAUGCAUAAUCUAAACGAAGAAUAUGAUCGUCUACAAGUUCGUUUGCCGUUCGAUGACGAUGAAGAAUAUAUUGAUUUAGGUGCAGCUGAAUUAUCAUUUUAUGCUAUUUUGGUUGAAUUAUUAGGUCGAUGUGCACCAUCAGAAGAAACAAUUAAAAUGGGAAAACCAAGUGCCAUUCGAGCAAAAUCAAUUCUUAAAAGUCUUGUUUCAAUGCAUGAUCUUGAAGGUGUUCUUGGUUUAAAAUUUAUUUUACCAUAUCAAAGUUUAAUGCCACCAGGUUUAUUACCAUCACAUAAAAUGUCAACAUUACUUUUUCUUGAACGUGUUUAUGGUAUACCUGAUCAAGAAACAUUUUUUCAUCUUAUCGAAGAAGCAUUUAUUCCUGACAUUCGUUCAGCUACAAUUCUUGAAAUGGGAUCCGUAGUUGAUAGUGAUAUGGCAUUAGCAUUAAAUCGUUAUUUAUGUACUCGUGUAAUACCAUUAAUGAAAUCACAUUCACAUUAUUUUGAAGAUUGUGAUCAUCGUUCAUCACUUCUUCAAUCAAUAUUAAAUAUAGUUUAUCGUUUAUCAAAAUGCCGUUCAUUAACGAAAAGUCAACUUGAUGUUAUUUGUGAUUUUUUACUUGCUUUUGCUAGUCUAUUAAAACCAUCUAUGAUGACACCAUUAUUGAGAAAAUUAGUUCAUGAUGUUCCAGCAUUGACUGAUCAAACGAUUGUACCUUUAAGAAUGCUUACACAAUGGUAUGAACGAUGUAGUCGUUAUUAUACAGUUGCUGCUACAGAAGAAGAAAAACGUUUAACUAUGAUGCUAUUUCAAAAGAUCUUUGAUUCACUUGCAUCACGGGCAUAUGAUCCUGAAUUAUUCGGUAGAGCACUUCCAUGUUUGACUGCAAUUGGUAGUGCGUUAUCACCAGAUUAUUCUUAUUCAUUUACUCAACAAGAUUAUAUCGAUCAUGAAAGAGAAAAAAUUGAAAUGUCUAGUCAUUAUGAACCAAAUCCAAUUGAUACAUCGGACAUUGCAUUAAGUCCAAUGUUAGAAGAAUUUGUUAUAGCUUAUGCGGAAAAUAUUCAUGAUCAAUGGGCUUAUACUAAAAUUGAACAAGGUUGGGCAUAUGGUGAACAAAUCAAUGAUAAACAUCGUCAACAUCCAAAUUUAAAACCAUAUAAAUUACUUGAUCAAAAGGAUAUUGCUAAACUAGAAGAUCCGAUCCGUGAAGCAUUAAAAUCUAUUGAACUAUUACAAUAUCAAUUAGAAAAAACAAAUACAUGUGUAACACGUAUUGCUACAAAACCAUCACAACGAAAAAAACAAAAAGAUCAAAACGUACCGGAUUAUGUUCCCAAAGCAAUGGAUUUUAAUAGUGUAACAAUGAAUCGAGAGAUGCAGGACUUAUCUGAGGCUUUAGCUCGAAAUGCUCAUGAAAUGUGGGCAAGGGAGUUAAAAGUUUGCCUUGUUGCAAUUGGUGGUGGUCUUCAUCCUCGACUUGUUCCUUACGAAUUAUUAACUGAUACAGAAAAACAAAAAGAUUUAAAAUUCUAUCAGGAUCUUAUUAAAUAUCUUUAUAUAUGUGGUUAUCAUGUUGUCAAAAAUGCAUACGAAAGAGAUUCGGGAAAUAAUGCUCUAACGCGUCGUAUAGCAUCAUCAACACCAUCAUUAAUCAAUGAAAAACGUUUUGCAUAUAGUUUAUUAGAGAAAUUGCUUGAAUAUGUCGAACGUGCAUCGUCAACAAUGCAAAAUUAUAAAGAAAGUUCAAGAUUUUCAUUACAUGAAACAUAUCGUUUAACAACAAAUGAUGUGAAAUUUUUCGGAAAAGUUGUUUUACCACUUAUUGAAAAAUAUUUUCGAGCACAUCGAGAUUAUUUCAUCACACCAUCAUCAUUAAAAACUGGUAUUGGUUAUGCAUCUGUUAAAGAAAAAGAAAUGUGCUGUAGUUUAUUUUGUAAAUUAACAUUUUUACUUCGACAAAAAUUCAGUGCAUUUGGAAAUGAUGUUAAUAUAACUGUUCGAUGUUUAAAAGUACUUGUACGAGCAAUUGAUGUUAGUUCGGUUAUGAAAAAUAGUCAAGAAAUGGUUCGUGCUUCAUUAUUACCAUUAUUCAAUAAUAUAGCCGAAGAUCUUAAUCAAACUCUACAGAAUUUAAAACUAAAUCGUUUUAGUAAUAUUAAAGGAACUUUACAACGUGGAACAACUAGUUUAGCAUAUAUACAUAUGGUUUUAUUACCUGUACUUUAUUCAAUGUUUGAUCAUCUCGGAAAGAAUAAUUAUGGUGUUGAUCUAUUCGAAAAUGAAAUUCAAUUAGCUGGUUAUAAAAUUUUAAUUUCUCUGUGGACUAUUGGGACACAAGGAACACAAUUUGUGGAUCGACAAUGGAUUAUUGAAGAAUUAAAUCGCUAUCGUCCAUUACUUGGCGAUUGUUUAAGUUCAUUUGCUUCAUGUUUUCCAGUCGCAUUUUUAGAACCGGAAUUCAGUGUGAAUAAUAAACAUGCAACAAAUAUUGCACAAUUAUCACCAGAAGCUAAUGAUAUUAUGAUAAAUAUUUCGAAUACAAUUUCUCAUUUAACAAAAGUAAUUGGUGAUAUUGAAGAACAUGCUGAAUCAAGAAUAAAAUAUGAAGAUGCACCUUAUGUUGUUGAAGUUAUUGUUCCAUGUGUUUGUUCUUAUUUAUCACAUUGGUGGUCAAUUGGUGGAGCACAAAAAGUCAAACAACCAACUGAGCUAAAAGUAACAAAUGUUACAGCAUAUCAUAUGAAUUCGGUAUUGGGUAGUAUUUUAAAAUUAAUUAAUAAUAAUAUUGAUGCAAUUGAAGCUCCAUGGAUGAAACGUAUUGCUGUGUAUACUAAUGCAAUUAUAUUUAAUUCUUCGACGAACCUUCUCGAACCAUACUUUUUACCAUUAUCAAAAGGUUUAAAAAUAAAAUGUGAAGAUGUUUAUUCACAAGAACAAUCAUUGAAACAUGCAAAUCGUUUAGAAUCUUGUGAUCGUGAAGAUCUUGAAUCAAAUUUAGCUAAAAAUUACGAGAUAUUGGUUCGUGAUGUUUAUGCAUUUGUACCAUUAUUAAUAAAAUAUGUUGAUAUUCAUCGAUCCUAUUGGCUUAAAAAUAGUGAUAUUCAUGCUGAACAGUUAUUUAAUAAUAUGGCUGAAAUCUUUUCUGUUUGGUGUAAAUCAAAAUUUUUUAAACGUGAAGAAAUUAAUUUUGUCAGUCAAAAUAAUAUAGAUAAUACUAGUAUGUUAAUGCCAAGCGGAACAAAACAGACGACAGAAACAUUAGGAAUGAAAACUCAAAAUGAUAUUAUUGGAAAACAAAAACGAAAAAAACGUCGAGUUGAUAAAGAAAAAUUUACAUCAUUAACGAAUGCUUGUAUUAAACGUUUAUUACCUAUUGGAAUAAACACAUUUGGUGGACGAGAACAAGAACUUAUUCAAUUAGCUAAACAUAAAAUGAUUGACAUGAAACUCAAUCAAUUCGAAAAAAUUGAAAAUCCAACGGAAGAUCAAAUGCUUUUGGAAUUAACGGGUGAUGAAGAGGAAGCGUUAGAAGAAUUUCUUCGAGAUAUUUUUCAUGCUCAAGAACAGGGUGAAGUAAUUAAUAAAAAUAACUGGCAAAGUGCAUUAUAUCGAAAGAUUGGUUCAAAGUCGUAUUAUACAGAAUCAAUUGAUUCUCAUGAAACAUCAAUAAAAAAUAUGUUAAAAAUGGCUAAAGUACUUUUUAAUUUGAAUUUUGUUGAUCAUCCACCAGCACAUCGUCGUAGUACAUGGCGAAAACUUGUUUCAACUCAACGUAAAAAAGCUAUAAUGGCUUGUUUUCGUAUGGCACCAUUACAUUCAGUAAUACGACAUCGAGCAAUGAAUAUGUUUUUACGUGCUUAUCGAGAACUAUGGCUUGAAGCUGAGGAAGAUAGACGAUCACGUUUAAUUGAAAAUCUUUGUGAGGAUAAUCAUGAAAUUAAUGAACAAGAAGUAACAGUAAUUAAAGAAGAGACUAAAACAGAAAAUGAAACAUUAACAUUAACAAUGACAAUUAAACCAGAUCCAUUAAGACAAUUAUUAUUAUGUUUAAAUCGUUCUGCAACUACAGCUCAAGUUUCAUCGAUUAACGAAGAUACUCUUCAUUUAUCAUAUUCAGCAAUAAUGAGUAAAAGUUGUGCUAUUACUGAAGACGAUGAUGAUAAUGGAGUGGAAGAAAUUAAAUCAUUUCAAGAACAAGAAAUGGAAAAACAAAAAUUACUUUAUGAACAAAAUCGUUUAGCUAAUCGUGGUGCUGCUGAAACAGUCUUAUUAUAUAUAAGUGCAAGCAAAGGUGAAAAUAAUGAAAUGCUUCAACGAACAUUACAACUUGGUAUAUCAUUAUUACAUGGUGGAAAUCUAGAAGUUCAAAAACGAAUGUUAGAUUAUUUAAAAGAAACAAAAGAUGUUGGAUGUUUUACAUCCUUAGCAACAUUAAUGGCUAAUUGUAGUGUACUUGAUCUUGAUACAUUUGAACGUUGUAUUAAAGCAGAAGUACUUGGUGUUGGUUCAGAAGGAAUGGCUGGAGAAAAAAAUUUACAUGAUGCUGAUUUUACAAUUUCACUAUUUCGUUUUUGUCAAUUAUUAUGCGAAGGACAUAAUCUUGAAUUUCAGAAUUAUCUUCGAUCACAACCAGGAAGUAAUACAAAUGUUAAUAUUAUUAUUUGUACUGUUGAUUAUUUAUUGAGUUUACAAGAGUCAUUAAUGGAUUUCUAUUGGCAUUAUUCUGGCAAAGGAACAGUUGAUGCACAUGGAAAAGAAAAUUUUUGUCGAGCUAUUAAUGUUGCUAAACAAGUUUUUAAUACAUUAACAGAAUAUAUUCAGGGUCCAUGUCCACAGAAUCAAUUAGCAUUGGCUAACAGUCGAUUAUGGGAUGCCAUAGCUGGAUUUCUCUAUAUUUUUGCACAUAUGCAAAGAAAAUUAUCACAAGAUCCAACACAAAUUGAAUUAUUACGUGAAUUAAUAAAAUUACAAAAAGAUAUGAUUAUUCUAUUAUUAUCCAUGCUUGAAGGUAAUGUUCUUAAUGGUCCAAUUGGUAAACAAAUGGUUGAUACAUUAAUUGAAUCUCAAUCAAAUGUUGAAUUAUUAUUACAAUUUAUUGAUAUAUUUCUUAAAAUGAAAGGUUUGACAACAUCGGAAGCAUUUCAAGAAUUUGAUGCGAAUAAAGAUGGAUUUAUUUCGCCAAAAGAAUUUCGUCGUGCUAUGGAAGCACAAAAAAUGUUUACAAAUCAAGAUAUUGAUUAUAUAUUAAUGUGUGUUGAUGUAAAUCAAGAUGGAAAAAUUGAUUUUAUGGAAUUUACUGAACGUUUUCAUAAUCCAGCUAAAGAUAUAGGUUUUAAUAUGGCUGUAUUAUUAAUAAAUUUAUCUGAACAUAUGCCACAUGAUUUACGUUUACAACGUUUAAUGGAUAAAGCAAAAAGUUUUCUAUCCUAUUUUCAAGAAUUUCUUGGUAGAAUUGAAAUUAAAGGUGGUGCUGGUUAUAUUGAACGUGUUUAUUUCGAAAUAACUGAAUCAAAUAUUGAACAAUGGAAUAGCCCACAUAUUAAAGAAUCGAAAAAAGCAUUUUUACAUUUAGCAGUCAAUGAAACUGAUGAUAAACAAAAAUUAGAAAAAUUUAUUAAUUUUUGUGAAGAUACAAUUUUUGAAAUGCAACAUGCAAUUGCUCUUAGUGGUGAAGAUGAUGAACAAGCAUCUGAAAUGACAUCAUUAUCUAUUAAUGAAUCUAAUAUCAUGCAACCCACUAUAUCUGAUCCUAUUAAAUCAACCUUUACACAUACAUGGUCCGGUAUAAAAUAUCUCUUUCAUUUAUUUCAUCCAUCAACAAUUUAUAAUGCUUGUCAACAAUUUCAACAAAUGGCAUUUAGAGAGAUGAUUAAAAAUUUGAUUUUCCUAUUCAUUAGAUCCAUACGUUUAUUUUUUACGGUCAUGUUUUUUACCUUCAGAACAUUGACAUAUUGUAUCUACACUUUAAUGGCUGGAGAUGAACUACAAGAAAGAAAACCAAUGGAAAGAACUAAUUUAACUCCACCAACAAAACGUCGUGAUUAUCGUUUAUCAUCGGUUAAUAUACUGCAUAAUGGUUUUAAUACUAGUGAAGAUUCAACAUCAGCUAAUACACAUGGAAUUGAUCAUAGUUAUGAUACAAAAUCAAAUCAUAGGAUGUCUUUAAUUAAUCAACAAGGUAAUUUGGUUAAUGUUGAUGACACACGAAUCUUUGAUUCUCAGCAACAAUCUCUAUUUGUUAAUACUAUUGAUUCAUCCAAACAACAAAAUCUACCAUCAUCAGUUAUUACAACAGCACAUUUAACACCGGUACAUUAUCGUAAUCAAAAUCAAUAUUCAAUAACAGCUUCUGUACCACAUCAACCACAUUUAAAUACAACAAUAAAUCUAUCACAAAAUUUAAUAGAAAAAUCUAAACAUGCAUUUGAAGUUAAUAUUCAAGCGGAAUAUCACCAGAAAGGAUCAUCGAGUAAUAUUAAUUCAGCAAUAGUUGAAGAUGAGGAAAUUAUUCAUUCAGAAACACGAAUACGAACAGAUUAUGGUAAAAAAGCUCUGGCAUUGGUGGCAAGAAAUUAUCAUCUAUUAAAAUUUAUCGCACUUUGUCUUGCUUUUGUCAUCAAUUUUCUUAUGUUAUUCUAUAAGGCAAUACCAACACCAUCUACAGCAGCUGGUGAGGCUAUACCAUCUGAUGUAGUAGAACAUUUUGAUAAUGAUGAUAAUGAAAUAAUAAUGAUUGAUCCGUCAAAACAUUAUAUGAUAUAUCUGUUGAAAACUAGUGCAUUUUUACAUUCAUCAAUUGCAUUUUUAAUGAUGAUUAGUUAUUAUAAAUUAAAAGUUCCAUUAGUUAUAUUUAAACGUGAAAAAGAAAUUGCAAGAAAAUUAGAAUUUGAAGGUGCUUGGUUAAUUGAUCAACCAAGUGGAGAUAAUUCUUGGUUAUUAUCUUAUUUAUCACGUGAAUGGCAUAAACUUGUUAUAAGUUCAAAAUCAUUUCCGAAUUAUUAUUGGGAUAAAUUUGUUAAGAAAAAAGUUCGAAAUAAAUAUUCCGAUCAAUUUGAUUAUAAUGAACUAAAUCGAUUUUUGGGUAUGGAAAAAACGGAUACACCUGGAAAAUUUGAAAUUGUUAAAACAAUAGAAACUGGUUUAUGGGGAAAAAUUAAAUCAAUUGAUAUGCGUUAUCAAAUUUGGAAAUGGGGUAUUAUUUUUACGGAUAAUUCAUUUCUUUACGUCUUCUUCUAUUUUUCAUUCUCUGUCAUUGGAAAUUAUGCAUUUUUUGUUUUCGCAAUACAUUUACUUGAUGUCGCAAUCAGCGUUAAAGCUUUAAGUACAAUAUUAAAAUCAAUCACGCACAACGGUCGACAGUUGCUUCUAACAAUUAUGUUAAUGGCUGUUGUUGUUUAUCUUUAUACAGUUAUUGCAUUUAAUUUUUUUCGUAAAUUUUAUACAAAAGAAGAAGAUGAACAACGGGAAGAAAAUUGUAAAGACAUGUUUACUUGUUUUAAAUUUCAUCUAUAUUCUGGUAUUCGAGCUGGUGGUGGUAUUGGCGAUGAACUUGAAUCACCAAAUGGUGACCCACUGGAAUUAUACCGAAUUAUAUUUGAUAUUACGUUCUUCUUCUUCAUUAUCGUUAUUCUACUUGCUAUUAUUCAAGGUUUAAUUAUUGAUGCUUUUGGUGAUCUUCGUGAGCAACUUGAUUCAGUAAAAGAAACACUUGAGUCAAAAUGUUUUAUUUGUGGGAUUGGCCAAGAAUAUUUUGAUAAGGAACCACAUGGUUUUGAAACUCACACAACAGUAGAACAUAAUUUUGCAAAUUAUUUGUUCUUCUUAACACACCUUCUCAAUAAACCUGAUACAGAACAUACUCGACAAGAAAGUUAUGUUUGGGAUAUGUAUCAAUGUCGUAAAUGGGAUUUUUUUCCUAUUGGUGAUUGUUUUCGACGACAAUAUGAAACGGGUAAUAGUAGUGGAACAACUACUGAAAGUUAA